AUGGCUGAGAUUGGUAUAGCGUUAGUGUGUGGUGAAGAACAGGAAAAAGGUUGGAAAAAGAAAUCUGACAAAGAAGAAGUAAAAGCCUUUGGUCAAGCCUAUGCUCUUGGUGGUGAUGAUGUGCAAGGAGGAGCAUGCCAAGGAGUUGUGCAUGGUAUGGUUCUUAUCUCACAAUCUUGGGCUCAUGUAUUAUUUGAUACUGGUGCAUCAUAUUCUUGUAUAUCAUUAAUGAUUGCUAGCAUGUUGGGUUUGAGUUGGGAAACUUUUAGUCCAACGUUGAAGUUGAGUGUACCUAUGGGAGGGCAUGGUGAAGUGGGAAAAAGAAACUCAGAGUGUUAUAGGAGUCUGUUUGUAAUUGAGGAUGAAUCUAGGCCUCUAGACAAGUUUCCUUUGAUAUCAGUGGUUAGUGGCUUUCCAGAUGUGUUUCCUAAGGAUUUUCCAGGACUACCACCUGAUAGAGAGAUCAAGUUUUAUAUUGAUUUGAUUCUCGGGGCUCAACCAAUUUCUAUUGCACCUUAUCGCAUGGAACCUGCAGAGUUGGCUGAAUUGAAAAAGCAAUUGGGUGAGCAGAUGGAUAAAGGUACAUCAGGAAUACUAACAAGAAAGGAUUUAAAGUUCGCGUGGGAUGACAGUUGGGAAGAAGCUUUAAGAGAACUUAAGCAAAGAUUGACUAUGGAGACUGUUCUCACUGUGCCUUAUAGUGAUGAACUAUAUGUGGUAUUCACUGAUGCUUCUGGUACUGGUUUAGGAGGAUUUCUCAUGCAAAAUGGCAAGGUUGUUGCCUAUGCUUCAUGCCAAUUGAAGCCACAUGAGAAGAACUACCCUACACAUGACUUGGAACUUGCAGGAGUGAUUUUUGCCUUGAAAAUUUGGAUAUGUAACUUAUAUGGGGCAAAGUUUGAAUUAUAUUCUAAUCAUAAGAGUUUAAAGUAUCUCUUUACUAAAAGAGACUUGAAUUUGAGGCAAAGAAGAUGGGUCGAGUACAUGGAAGAUUAUUAUUUCACAUUGCAAUAUCAUCCUGGAAAAGCAAGUGUGGUUGCUAAUGCAUUAAGUAGAAAACCUCAUGGCACUUUGGCUUGUUUGACUCUUGAGGAUUGGAAAAGAAUGAUCACAAUGAGUGAUUAUGAAUUAGAGUACUAUGAUGGAAAAGAGAUUGUUUGUGUUUCAAACGUAGUGGUUACACCAGUGCUACUUCAGCAAGUUAAGCAAUGUCAGGUUAAAGUUGAGCACCAGAGAUCUUCAAGGUUGCUUAAACCUUUACCUAUACCAGAAUGGAAGUGGGACAAGAUCAUGAUGGACUUUGUGAUGGGAUUUCCAUUAACACCAUUACAGCAUGAAAAUGUCUGGGUGAUUGUCAAUCGUUUGACCAAAACUGCUCAUUUCAUUCCAAUUAGGAAGGAUUUUAAGGUUUCUAAAGUAGCUCAACUUUAUGUGGAACCAAAUUAUGCCGAUCUCCACCGACGAAAAGUUGAGUUUGAGUUUGGUGACUAUGUCUUCUUGAAAGUGACUCCCAUGCGUGGUGUGAUGAGAUUUGGAGUGAAGGGUAAGCUAGCCCCUAGGUAUAUUGGAGCUUUCGAGGUUAUCAAGAAGGUUGGGGAGGUCUCUUAUCGAUUGAACUUACCAGCACAGUUAAGGCAUGUUCACAAUGCAUUCCAUGUGUCGAUGCUGAGGAAGUAUACUCCAGACCCAUCCCACAUCAUUGAGUAUGAGGCUAUCCCUCUUCAAGAGAAAGUGACAUAUGAAGAACAACCUAUCAGAAUCCUGGUGAGAGAGUUAAAGGUGAUAAGGAAUAGAGAGAUUCCUGUAGUCAAGGUCUUAUGGCGGAACCAUAGAGAAGACGAGGCUACUUGGGAGUUAGAGUUGGAGACGUAUGAGAAGUAUCCUCAUUUGUUUAAUUUUCAACUUGAUGUUGUAGUUUGA